AUGGCUAUACUCUACACCAUGGAAUUGGUAGAUUUCAUUCUGUUUGUAAAGCGGCAGAUUUGGCCACAGUUUGCCAUGUGCACUAAAACAAACAGGUCGGAUUAUCAGCAGGUUGUUGCCAUCAUUUUGCUGACCAUAUGCAGCAUUGCUUUGGUGACAGCCCAGCAAACAAACAGCUCCAUCUCGAAUCCCAGUGCGACUCAAAGACUUAGUCGCCAGAAGCGAGUGGCCAUCUUUAAUGGCCAGGGUGUAGUCAAGUGGGUCGCUAGUAUAGCUCACCCUGUGAAGCAGGCCGAUAAAACACAAUCCUUUUGGUGGUUCUACAAUGUACAAGGUCAAUGGAUUCCCACCACAAUACCAAUUUAUUGGUGGAGUUUCUGGAAUACGACAGCCUUUGUGUCUACAGCUCGCGAAUGGCGCAAGGAUAUGCAGACAAGUUUGCGAAGUGAUGAAACGCGAUCUUGGAUCUAUGAUGCCAUCGAAACCGGAAUGGAACAGUUAGAUAACGAUAAUGGAGCAACUUGUCUGCUUAGAGGCAUCUGUGAGAUAAGCCAAACGCCCUUUGAAAAAGGAAAUGUUUUUGCCGAAAUACUCAAUGCAGUGUUGAUACCCACUUUGGACAAUGUGGCCGAAAAGUAUCUUCGUGCUCGAGAUGCGGGCAAUGGAGGAGCCGAUUGUAGAAAAACCUAUGGAGAUUGUAGUCAAAAGAUCUGGAAUUGGAUCACUAAAGUAACGAGAUCACCAUUUUGA